AAAGUGCGAACACGCUGGAGGACUGAAGGAAACUGGUGGAGAGCGAGCGUUGGUCACUAAAAUGGCGGCCAACGAGUUGGGCGAACCGAAGGCAACGGAAAUUGUCAGAGGCCAAGUUUUCGAAGUUGCACCGCGGUACACGAAUUUAGCCUACAUUGGAGAAGGAGCCUAUGGAAUGGUCGUCUCUGCUUUUGACAAUGAAACUAACGAAAAAGUAGCCAUCAAGAAGAUCUCUCCCUUCGAACAUCAAACCUAUUGCCAGAGGACAUUGCGGGAAAUCAAAAUACUGACGCGGUUUAAACAUGAAAAUAUCAUAGACAUCAGGGACAUCAUUCGGGCACCCACAAUCGAACAAAUGAAGGAUGUCUAUAUCGUUCAGUGCCUGAUGGAGACUGACCUGUACAAACUGCUGAAGACGCAGAAGCUGAGCAACGACCACAUCUGCUAUUUCCUCUACCAGAUAUUGCGUGGCCUCAAGUACAUCCACUCCGCCAAUGUGCUGCAUCGAGACCUCAAACCCAGCAAUCUGCUUCUCAACACAACGUGCGACCUCAAGAUCUGCGACUUUGGUCUGGCGCGGGUGGCUGACCCCGAGCAUGACCACACUGGUUUCUUGACGGAGUACGUGGCCACCCGCUGGUAUCGGGCGCCCGAGAUAAUGCUCAACUCGAAGGGCUACAGCCAGGCCAUCGACGUCUGGUCCGUCGGCUGCAUCCUGGCCGAGAUGGUCUCCAACCGACCCCUGUUCCCGGGCAAGCACUACCUGGACCAGUUGAACCACAUCCUCGGCGUGCUCGGCUCACCCGGCCCCGAUGACCUCAACUGCAUCAUCAACGAAAAGGCGCGCUCCUACCUGCAGUCAUUGCCCCACAAGGCCAAGAUACCCUGGUCCAAGCUGUAUCCUGAUGCCGACCCAAAAGCUCUGGAUCUCUUGGACAAGAUGCUGACCUUCAACCCUCAUCGAAGAAUAAAUGUUGAAGAGGCCCUCGCACAUCCUUACCUGGAACAGUAUUACGAUCCCGGUGAUGAGCCUGUGGCAGAUGAGCCGUUCAAGUUUGAGACGGAGCUGGACGACCUGCCCAAGGAACAACUGAAGGUGCUGGUCUUUGAGGAGACCAAGUUGUUCCAGGCACGCAAUGCCAGCCGGCCGCCGCAGCAAGCUUCCUCCUGAGCUGAUCGUGCCACCUCUGCUACAGUUCCAGUGCCACACCCGGGCGGCCUCACGUUUGUUGGGUGCAUCACAAGGCCCCAGGUGGCUCGAGGACGUUUUGGCUCUGCCCGUUCUGGCCUCCUUGCCGAGCGGCCGCCGAAAAAGCAGCUGCUGCCACCAGUUGCUGGUUCCCGAGAACGGACCUCUCGCGAUGUCUGUACUUCACCAAGGUGCCCCUUCCCACACCUACUGCCCCUGCGCGGUAUCGGAGAGUUAUGUGGACCGCGAAUUCAGUCGUGACUAGGCUCGAGUGCUUGCCAUUUGUGCAUGUGCACGGAAACAUGUUGGCUUGUGUGCGCGCGUCACAACGCACUUGUGGCACGUUCUACUAUAUCGGCGCUGGACUCCCGUUCUGGUAUAACUCUCCCUUGUUGCCUUCUCCUUCUUGUUUAUAGAUUAUUUUACACUGACUCUUCCGCGUGCAGGCUGACACGUGGACACUGUUCUCUCUCUUCCCCGUUGUGACCACAUCCCGGUUUUUUUGCCAUAUAUAGUUUUUUUGCCCCCCCCCCCCCCCCCCCUGCCUCCGACCCCGUGUCCUGCCGCACUCCCUUGCACUGCCUUUUUCUGCUGUGCAUUGUUCUUUUGGCAGAAAGGACUGGUCUAGCAAUGCUCUGGCUCCUUGUUGCCCUUUCCCGUCGACCGUGACUCCCGCCCCUUUUUGAUCGGGUGGCACAGUUGUGCAAGGAAGGUGUCACGACCAGAUGAAUGCCUUCAAACAUUUUGCGUCUGGCUUGGCAUUGGCAGCUUGCAGUUCGCCUAUUCCUGGAUAAGGUUCUGUUGAAAAACAGGUGCGUGCAACACCAUUGCUUUGUGCCUGCUGUAGCAUGUAAAUACUAGACUUAACACCUCUCGCGGAAUGUUUGCUUGACGAGGAGGCACUCGCACGCAAUACCAGUCGAUAUUUGCCUCCUGUGAUGAACCUGCCAAACUGUUUCUUUUUUUUUCCUCUAUUGCUAUACCCGGUCGCAUCUUAUGGUAGUUUAGUUUGAUUCCUCCUUGCAAAUACCGUAGCUGUCUUUUUCCUUCCCGGGUACUGGACAAAAUGACCACCUACCUGACAUCGGCUCAUUUUUGGUGCGCCGUCGAAAAGGUGCCGCUCUUUCGAGCGUGUGCUAGGUGCCACUUCUCCUGGCGCUCUCCCGCCCCCACCCCGCUGCUGAUGUCGCGUGUAAUGUUGGCGAGGAUGACGUUGGGAGUUCACUUCUGCAUCUGCUCUGUUUCUCGUCGUCUUCUUGGCUCUGGAAUUUUCGUGCUCGUUGCCCCCUUUUUCUCUUUGCUGGGGCUUUAGGUGUGUCUUCCGUUACUAAAAAAAAUGUGUUGUGCGUGUACAUGUGCGUCUCUUUGGCUCGCAUUGUUCUAGUUAUUUUGUCUGUGAGUUUUGCUGGGCUUUCGAGUUGUUAUCACCUGUGUUGUGAUUAUAGGCUGCCUCGAAUGUGAUCGUUUUGUUUUUUCUUUCAUCGUUAUAUCUCAACAUGUCAACUCGCACUCCGACGCUAGCCGUGCCCGCUAUUGGUAGGGGAGUGUCUCCCUGCUGCGAGCAACGCUUGGCCGCCUAGCACAAUGUCACACAGCGAAGAUGCUGUCUUCCAUGUAUUCCUUCGGAGAUUGAGACCUUGUCUUUUUCUUGCCGCGCUACACCACGUUGCAUGAGAGAGUCCCGCUCGCAGGACUUUAACUGGCCUCCUCUUUGUUUUGCGCACUUGGCUGUGUUGAUGUAACAACGCAAGAGUGGAUGCAGGGAAGCAAAUAAGAGCGCCUUUUCCAUCAGCAAGCAUGUAUAAUAUAUUUGCGCCCGCUUGCCUACAGGCGAUGUAGGCCCUCAGUGAGGGGGCAUGUACAAUAAGCUGCUCUGUGCAUAAAACUAGAAGCAAGAACAAAAAGAAAGGUGGCAGCACUGUCUAGUCUCAAGCCACUAGGCCGAGAAGCGCUUUCACAUCAAGUCUCCUGUGCCGCUUGGGAAUGCAGAGUUUCAUUUGUCAUUCAAGCAUCGCCACUUAUAAAGUUUUUAUUAUGCCUUUGAACUUUCUCUGCCUGAAUGGUUCAGUUGGAUCGCGACUUGGUUUGUGACUUCUUUGAAGUACAGUUUGAGGCGGAUAAGUAAUUCUUUUUCUUUACGUUGAAGAUUUGAAACUUGCCAACUGGUGUAAAAUAAAUGUUUCGAUUAUUGCAUUCGUGUCAGUACCACAAGUGCAGCAUUAGGAGAAUGUUUCUCAUUGCUAAGUAAUUUCUUUCACGUGCACUUUAUCGUGUGGAUGUGCUGCAUGUGCACUCUGUUCACACUGAUUGAAGGUCUGGCCGAAGUGGGGCUGCGCAAUCUCGCAUGUGGAGAACGCCAUUCUUAGUGACAUAAUAAAAAGCUUCAGGACACAGAUAGAAAUUGCUGCCCAUAUCCAAUUUUGGUUUUUAUGAGGAAUAUAUAUCUUUUGUAACAAACAUAUGACGUGAACUCAUUACAGAAGGUUUUGUGUCAGGCAAGUUUAUUUAUAGAAGUUGCAGGACGUUUCAAACUGUUCGGACUUGCUGGCAUGUUUGUUGCAACUUGGUUUGACUAGGCGUCAGGCAAUUUAUAUAAAUCAUAUUAAUCAAUUUUUAAAAAUUCAUUUAAUGUCACUAGCCUUUUCAUCUAAGCUAGAAUUCUGCGGCAGGCCUUUGAGUAGCAAGGACAAGCCACUGAAAGCAGCUCGCAAAAGCUGUACUUGACGAAGACUCGGCUGCACGUGUAUGCUUCUCAACGGCUUGAAAACAAGCAGUACUCAUAGCACGUGACACUGAGCGGCUGAGAAAGCAUUGGAAAUUGGGUGGAGUGUUCACAGCGAGACAGGCGUGCACCUUUGGGAGGGGGGUGCCUAAACAAUGGUUGCCUAUCUUGUGCAUCUUUUCUUAAACGCAGCAUUCCUCGGCUCUUUGAGAUCGUGAAUUGUCGUCCUCGCUUACCAGCAUGAUGUAGGAUUCUCAACAGGAAAGUAGGGACUGCUGCGUCUGCCAGAAUCGAAGCACGAGCAAGACGUUCAUUGUUUAGGGGGGCAUGGGGGGGGGGGGGGGGCAAGCUACACCCUCCAAAGAGUGUACGCUUAUUUUUAGAGUGCGUAUCAAUGUAUUUUCUUUUCCUGGGGCUCGGUGUAUGAUAACACUAGGCAGUGUGUGCUGGUUGCCUUUUACGUAGGUUUUAGUUGCUGCUAAUCUAGAGAUGAGAGAGAGAGAAAAACUAUAAAACAGUGAGUGAAGGUUGUGAUGCAGUGCAGCCUGACGAACAGAAGCACUUUGGAAAUGUUCUGCUGUGUAUUAUAAGUGUAUGCGGUAGUUUGUAUUUUUCUGUGUUAUUGUUGAUAUUUGAUAUUUUUCUUCCACCGUCUUGAAGUGCAGAACAUUGUUUUUUUGUUUCAACAUGUGCACAUCUCUGUACAGCACACAACUCGCAAUUCCUCUUUAGACAAAGAAUGUUGUGUGGAUGCAAUCAAAGAAGCCGCACACAAUUGUUUCAGGGAAAAAGCUUUUGUUGCGAGUUUGUUUGAUUUUGUUUCCACCUCUGUGUUUCCUUCUGUCUGCCCGUUGUCUCUUCUUUGUGUAAAAAAAUACAAUAAAACAAUGCCAACUGUGCAAAAUGGGAUGCAAGGAAGGAAUGAAACUUCGAAAUAUCAUUCAUGUAAAUGCAAACGAACAGAAUACUAUAUUUAUUGAUUUUUUUUAGAUCCCGCUGUUGUAGAUUUUUGAAUAAAUACUUCAUUUCCUUCCUGCA